AUGGACGUGGGACUACAUUACCCAGAGGCCUCCGGGUCUGCGCAAGCGCGCUGGCGGCGCCCGACCGGGGUCUCGGCGACGGUGAGCGGCAACUACCAGAGCCCGAGGCUGCAGGCCCGGAGCCCAGUGACAGGCCGCAGAAUCAUUGGAUUAAUUGGCCAGGGGAGGAUGCUCGCCAGGCUUCAAGAAAGGACUAUUAUGGGUCCCUAUGGAAUCAACCGAGCUGUUCAUCGUGUUGUGUUCUCUGACUGUGAGAAUGGGCUAGGUAUUAAAAUUAUUGGUGGGUUUAAAGAACAAACGGGUGAGGAAUACGGGAUCUACGUUAAGCGUAUUUUGCAGAGAGGAAUAGCUGCAAGUGAUGGUCGCUUGCAGGCUGGUGACCUGAUCCUGGAGGUGAAUGGAGAAGAUCUAAUGGGAGUUACCAAUGAGAGGGCUGUCGAUAUCCUACGCAUGGCCUCAGCCUCCAACCACAUGUCCUUGCUGAUUGCCCGGGAUGAUGAAGCCAGGAAAGAAUUUGCGGAACUGAUGGAGAAGUACGAUUGUCACAGUGAUGCUGGAUCAGCCCGCAGCUCACCUACUCCCCAUGCUGCUGGUAAACACCUCGAGAGCACGUCAUCAACAUCCUUAUGCAGCUGCCCGAGUCCACAGCUCUUAAGCCCGAACGAUAUUGUGGCUAGCAACAGUGGGAUUGUUACUACAAACACAGCAGCACCAACCAGAAGGAACUCUCCAAUUCAGCUGAUCUCUAUUCCCAAAGUGACAAAUCUUGGCUUGAACAUUGUGGGUGGGACCAACAAGCCUGAGGGACCAAUGGUGUGUAUCCAGGAAUUGAUACCAGGAGGAGAUUGCCAUAAGAUGCUGCCUGACCUGCUGUGCUUUUCCAGCAACACGCUCUCAACUCUGAUCCCUAGAAUCUGCAGUCCUCAUUUUCUCCUGUUUGCGUUAAAUGUGACUGAGAACCCCACACCACGUGCAAACUCAUUACAGUGUGCUUUCAACAGAAUUAGUCUUUGUAAGAAACAAAGCUCAGUAACUCCCGAAGGGUUCAUUCACUGUCUUUCCUAGUGUCGUGUCUGGAGUGACUAUUACAGGAGUUUCACUCAGUGUUCAGAACCAGUGACCAGCAGUCAGUCCAUUUGUGUGAUUCCAGCUCCUGGGCACACCAGGACACGUCUUUGUCUGCCACAGGAUGAAUUAGUUUGAUCAGAGAGAGUCCUCAUUGUUGUGUUUUGUCUGGUAACUGUCUGCGGUAUCUCCUCAGCUCUGACCACCCUUGCUGCUAUAGCCAUUGUCCCUCUCUGUCUGUCUUCCUGUUAAAGCUUUCCAAUUUGUUUGGGAGAUUGAAAGUUUAGGACGGACAAGAAUAGUUGUCUCUCUUCUUGCGUUCAGAUGUAAAGAAACAAUCUUAAUUUUAGUAGGCAUUUUCUGGGUCUCUGGUUUCCAUGGUAACUCAACCACUCAGGCUCCAUGUUGGACAGAAGACAUUGCAAAUCACAUGACUUGUCACUACUCCAUUUUAUCUGAGAGAGACCAGACAAACAUAACCAUCUUAUAAAACUGCAAUCUUUAACUUCCUAGCCAAUAUUUAUACCUCAACCAACAUCGUCAAUCAUUACUUAGCCUAUUGUCCAAUUUAUCAUUUCACAAAAACAAUGGAGUCACUGUAUAACUUGUAGGUGUUUGUCAAUUCUGGUGGUGAGACCUUUCUGUGAGCAAAUGUAUUGUCCUGUGGAGCACGUCUAAAGUAUAUUAAUGGGUGUAAAUCAUUUUAGGAUGACCUGAAGCUGUGAAAGGCACAAUAUAAAUACAAAGAUUUUUAUUUUCUUGGAGCAUGAAAGCAUGUGCAAUCUAUUGAGCUUGUGAUGUGAUUGCUUGGUGUUAACACUGGAGGGCAGUGUUACCUUCUCUUCACCUCCAGCUCCAACCGAAAGCAAGGCCAAUUAGUUUUCAGUUUACAAAAAUUGGAUAAAGUCCCAGUUUCCUACAUAACAAUGUUGUUUAAUUGGUCUAUUUGUAGAUUCUUUCAAAAUCACAUUAAUUAGUUAUUCCUCACUCCAAUUCUGAAAAUAAGAUGGAAUAACCCCACGAUGGGCACUGUCUGGAAAUGGAAGGAGGCUUCACGCGUCUGCUAUGUGCAGCUCUGAGAUUACGGGAUCAAGGUCCCUUCCAGAAUAUUGAAUAUAAACUACAGGACAAUGCAGUCAGUGCUGUGCUGAGGGAGGUUCACACUUGCAGAGAGUCAAUG